AUGGAUCGAGAACAUCUCAUAAAACUUGCGUGUGCCAGAAAUCCAGACCUCGAAAUGUGUGAAGAAUUGAAAGCAAGAAAUGCAAGAGACUCAAGUAGCAGUUCGAAAAAAGACACAGUUGAUAUGGUCGAACCACCUCCGUUACCUCCAAAGAUGAAAAGAAGAGAGAUCCGACCAGCACAUGAUGAUGAGAAUUCAGAACAGAAGCCCCCAGUGCGAUACCGUGCACUGAGCUCUGAAGAGGCCCGAAUUCUCCAGACGAAAUGUGCUAGAGUUGGACCACUCGUCCAAAAACAUUGUCAGCCGAAGAAGACAUCAGCUCGGAAUGCAGGAAGAUGCGCCGCCUAUUUCAGAGAUUGUGCACCGUUCAUUGAGAAGAGUGAUCCGUUGGCGUCGAUUGCCAAUUCGUUCAAUUCAGGAGUCAACAUAAACCUUGCCAACGUAGACGUCAAAGGUAUCCCAUAUUACCCAGUGAAUGAGGAAGGAGCUGUCGGAGUUGGAGUUGGUUUGGGUAUUCCAUUCGGGUCGUAUGGAGGAGGAUUCUCGAAUUCUGUUGGUGUGAGAGACUAUUUCCACGGAGACCAGGAAGUCGGAGCCAACUGGUACGAUGGAAUGUACGGAUAUAAGAACCACUGGAACAUUCCCCUCGUCCAAUCACUCGGUGUUGAAGGUGGUCAACACAAUACCGUAUCCUUCCCACUUCAUGGAAAAGACGCGGGAAAUCUGAAAGUAGACAAUGGAUACGGAGUCGGUGGAUACUAUCAACAGAAUGAUCAUGUUGGAGUGAACUAUAAAUCUGGAGAUGUCAAACACACAUUCGGUGUCAGUUCUCCAUUCGUUGGAGCUGGUUUCCAAACGGGACAAGCCGUUGCGUUCCCCGGAUUGGAUGUGUGGGAACGGGCGUUGGGUUGA